CAGUAACAGAAUCUUAAGAACUAUUUCAUUCCUUUAGAAAAUUGCACUGUAAGGAGUAAGAACUCCAAUGCUGACGUGGCACACAGUUGAGAGUUAGUUACGAUUAAACUGGAAUCUGUUUUGGACUUUCUCAAGUUAGUUAGAGUAAGCUAGACUCUGGAACUAACUAAGCCAUGUUUAUAUAUACCCUCUAACACACCGUUAUUGAAGCGAUAAUCACUUCAUAAUACUCCUUAAUCUCGCUUUCUUCUUUCUCACUUUCUUCUUUCUCCUUAGUCUCACUUUCUUCUUUCUUCUUGCUGGGAGUGGAAACAUGGCUUCUCCACCUGAACCUCCACCUCCCCCUCCACCUGAGCUACGACCACCACCACCAGACGGUGAAGGUUUGUUCGAAAGCUUAGAUCCGAGUCUUGGCAUCAAACCUGAAAGCAUGGCGUCUCUCUAUUUCAAAGAUCUUGAUACUUGUGGUUCAGAUAUGCGCGAUAUGGUUAUGCAAGUUGAACCUCAUAAACGCGCGGACGCAAUGUUAGCAAUUCUUGAAGGCUAUUUUAAGGUCAGACAUUACGUUUACAACAGAAUCAGGCAGGGUGAGAUUGAAGUUGCUGCUCUUGAACAUAGGCUUGAGAAUUCAAAGCAACUGGCUGAAUUCUCGAAAUCUGUAAUUGAAUCUGAAUCUGAAGCUAGUACUCUACCUUCUGCUAAUACUAAGCAGCUUCCCGCUGGUAGUUCUGCCCCCUUGCACAGCUUACCUGGUUAUGCAGAGACUAUGAAGGCUUUGGAGGAGGAUGAUCCUGUUCCUGAAUUAGGAGAAGCAGCAAACUCAUUAUAUUUUAGAGCUCUGAGGACUCGACUCCCUUUCGGGAUUACACGAUACUAUGAAAACCAGAUGAAAGAGGAUGAGAUUGAACUUGACGCUGCACGACGUGCUCUUCGAGAAUUUAGAAUCAUGGACGAUAUACAAGACCACAUAAUUCAUGAAAGUUAUCAUUCUGGAAAUCCAGAGAUUAUUCAUGGUGCAGGUGCUAGAAUAGAACAAUUUGGAGAUACUAUGCAGGAACAAAAUGCAACAAAGGAUAAAGGUAAAAAGAUUCAAAACCCCCCUAAGGAUAAUGCUGGCAAAUGAUAGAUCAGGGUGCUAAUUACCUGAUGUGCUUUGACUCUGCUAAUAAGUGAUAGGAUUGAUUCAAUGAACUUGGUCACAGAGUUUAUAAUUUGAUGAUUCAGCUAAUGUACUGUUGGUUUAGUUACUGAUGACACAUUAUUAGCUAGGUUUUACUUGAAUAAUUCAUUGGUAUAAUGCAAAAGUUACAGUGUAUAAUAACUGCUACAAUAUUUUUGCUCAUAAUAACUGUACAAAUCAUUCAUAAUUCUACUAGAAGUCUUCAUAUGAAUAUAUGAU